AUGUGCCACCGCCACCGCCACCGUAGAGGCAACAGGGAAUUGCAAACAAUUUUAUCGCUUUUGCUCCUGCUGCUGACCAUCAGCGGCGCACUCGCCACGCUCAGCCCACCCAAACGGGCAGAGAGGAACACCGAGAAGGUGUUGUCGCGUAAAAGGCGGUAUGUCGCUUUUCCGGACGGUUCCUCAUUGUCGGCUUCCAUUUGUUUAACCAUCGGAGUUAUUGGCAAUCCCAAUACGGACUUUCUUAGUUGGGCAGAAAAUUGGGGUGUGGCCUACGAUCUGCCCAAUUACACUUGGGUUAAGGAACAUACGCGAGGCUUUAAAAAGGAUCAGGAUAUGAAGAAGACAAAGGCGGUGGUGAAACGACGUUCAAGGCGCGAUUUAUUUGGAAAAUUGGAGACAAUUAUUGAAAACAUGGGCUUUAACGGGCAUGCUUGUAUUGCACGUGCGCUGUGUGAAAGUUCCAAAUAUUUGCAUGACACUCGACAAAAGCGUGGAAAUAUGAUUACGGAAAUAAUUAAGUCCAUAUUUAGCCUACCCUCUGAGCCAGUAUACGCAGAUGAACCGGAUGUUAUGCAUCACUAUGAUCGCAUAUAUAAACGUGCACGUCGUGAGGUGCUCGAUUGCAGUGUGGAGCAUUCUCAAUGCCACUUUUCGUUGUUGGAAAUGGCCUUCGGCAAGUAUUCCGUAGAACCAACAAAACAUGGUCCACAUCUGCUGCCAAACUUACAUAGGGGACGGGGUUUCAUGUAA